UACAAGUUAGAUUCAAGUAGAGCGUUUAUCAAACUUGUCCUCAUUAGUUUUUAGUCAAAUUUAUGCAGUAAAUAAUAUAUUUUUCUUCAGUGUCGCAGUGGUUACAGUAGAAAUAUGACUGACACAAAAAAAAUAUUGCUUGAUUUCUUAGACACGGUGCUCGAUGAUAGGGGCUACAAACAGAAAGUUGUUCAUGUAAAUGAGAUGAAAACAGAUGGUAAUAACUAUACGUCCGCGUUGUUUUCAAUAAACGUAAAAACAGAAGAGAAAGAAUUAAAACUUUUCGCAAAGGUAGCUCAGAUCGGCAAAGAGUUGAGAGCAGUAGCGAAAGCAGACAAAAUAUUCAAGACAGAGAGAUUUGUAUACAACAAACUUAUUCAUCUUUACAAUAAUCUUCAAAAGCAUUUAGAUGAAGAACACAAGUUCAUGUUUCCUGAAUUCUACGGAUUUCAUGAUGAGUACGGUAAAGAAACAAUCUUACUCGAGAAUCUCAAUGAAAGUGGGUAUAAACCUCACAACCGUUUAAAGUCAAUGAACUGGGAUCAAGGCAGAGUUGGAGUGGAAUCUUUAGCGCGGUUUCACGCGUUGUCCUUUAAACUAGGUAAAAGUGAUCCAGAUGGUUUUGCCAAAAUAGCCAAUCAUAUGGCUUACACUAUCAAUAGCGAAGCAACGAAUGAAAAUACCAUAAAUCAAUUCAUUGAAAUGGUGGAGAACGCCGUUAAAGUUUUAAAACACGAGCACCGAGAGAAAGUCAGGAACUUCAUGUACAAUCCUAACCUGUUUGAUAAAUAUAACAAGCCGCUCAGCACCCCGGCUCUCGUCCACGGGGAUUACAGACUGAGCAACAUGUUGUUCAAGCGUAAAGGUCACGGUCUGAGUGCAGUGGUUGUUGAUUACCAAACCGUCCAUACUGGGUGUCCUGUGGCAGACCUCUUCUACUUCAUAUUUAUGGGUUCAGAUGAACACUUCCGCCGUCUCUAUUAUGACAAACUAGUAAAUCAUUACUAUACGAGUCUAGAAGAAGCGCUCCAGAGACUGGCUGUGGAUCCUGUAGAAGUGUAUCCCAGGGAGAGUUUUGAAAGUGAUUUGAAAGAGUUACUGCCGUACGUACUCCUGACAGCGGUGACAGCUCUGCCGCUGGUCGUGGUCGAGUCUGAUUCUGCUCCGAAAUUUGAUUCUGAUGAAGCUGACUUUUCUAUCUUGGUUGUUGAACCGGGUUCAUUGUACAAGCAGAGGUUUACAGGCAUUGUAGACGACUUAGUGAGAUGGGAGGUUAUAUAAUGAUAUAUUAAUAAAGACUUGCCCUUUUUUUCGUUACACGUUUUUAUAUGUUUAGAGGUGGGCUGUUACAACCCAGGACGACCAAGGAUGAUGAACUACACUUAAUUUUAAUAAACUCGAGAAACCUUG